AUGUGUUUUGCAACAAUUGAUCAAUAUUUAUCAACAUCUUAUAAUCGUCGAUAUCAACAAUGGAAUAGUAUUAAAUUAGCUUGUUAUCUUUGUAUAAUAGCAUUUAUUUGUGCAAUUAUUCAUGGAACUCCAUCAACUAUUUAUUAUAAUCAUACCAUUUCACUUACUACAAAUAAAACAAUUUGCACUAUAACAAAUAAUAUUUAUCAAAAAUAUCGAACUUAUGUUUAUUUUACAGUUAUAGCAGGAGCUUUACCAGUUUUUAUUAGUGUUUUAUUUGGAUCAUUAUCAUAUAGGAAUGUUCAACAAUUAUCUUACAGACAAGUCCCAAUUAUUCGACGUGAAUUAGAUAAACAAUUAACACGUAUGGUACUUGUACAAGAUGUUUAUAUAUUUAUUGCUAUUGUUCCAUAUACAAUUGUAAUGAUAACUGAAACUUUUAUUAAUGUUCAAAAUAAUCCAAUAGGUAAUGCUCAAUUACAAUUUGCAGAUUCUUUAACUGCAGCUAUUUAUUAUACAUUUUUUUCCUUUCCAUUUUAUAUCUAUAUAAUUGUAUCAAAAAGAUUUCGUCAACAAUUAAUCUAUGUACUUUCUCGAAUUUAUAAUCAUUUUGGUAGACCAUUACCAAUAGUUAAUAAUCAAAUUGCACCGGAAACAACUAAUAUUAAUUAA